CUAUGCUAAUAUUGAUUGAGCCACCAUUCUAGCAGAACAGUAGAGAACGGCAAGAUGCGUGCUCUGAUAGUACUCUGUCUGGCGGCAACAGUCAGUGCCGCUCGCCUGGGCUACAACUACAGGCCCGGUAGCACGGCCAUCGUUACAGACGCCAUUGACACUAGUGGGGUAGGAUCUCGUCUAAUAUCUGGCCCCGCAUCCGGUCUGGGCGGUCCAGUGCGCUCGAUUGUUGCGCCACAAGCCGGCGUUCAUAAGGAAUUCUUCGCGUUCCGUGCCAAUGAGGCCGACUUUGAGGAUCCCGAUGCUGCGCGGAAGAUUGCGGCUGCGGUGAAGAAGAGCGUGCGCGUCAUCUUCAUCAAGGCUCCGGAGAAUCGUGGCUACGAGAACGCUGUUCUGGCUCUGGCCAAGCAGGCUGCGGAGCAGCAAACAGCUAUUUACCUGCUCCACAGGCAACCCGACCUCAACGAGCUGGCGAACAAGUUCAAUGCCGUGCGCCAGAAUGCCAAUGCCAAGCCCGAGGUGCACUUCGUCAAGUACCGCACCCCCGAGGACGCAGUCAAUGCCCAAAAGGCUAUCCAGAGUCAAUACGACUCGCUGGGCGGCACUAGUCAAAAUAUCAACGGAGGUAUCGCAAAUGCCCUGAACUUUGCAUCGCGCUCCUCUUUGCCUGCACGCGAAGGACUGAUCCGGGAGCCCGACAGCAAUUACUUGCCGUCCUCGAUUCUGAAUCGUCUGCGCCACAAAAAGUGAACAUAGUCAAAUUCUGUAAAUAAUUAGGAAAUGUUGAAUAUUGAUCGAUUUGUUAAAUAAAACUAAUAGAGCUUUUUUACUUUUAAUUUUAAA